AUGAACUCGUCUGGUUUGGACAACCUAACCGAAUUUGCACCAUGGUAUGUCAACAGAACGGAUGUCGAGGAGGAAAAUCAGAAACUUUUGUUUGGGAUUGGCAUGGACAACUUCAUUACGCUUUUGGUUUUCGGACUCAUCUUUACGCUUGGAGUGUUGGGGAACUCCAUGGUUAUCACGGUGCUGGCCCAUAGUAAACCCGGAAAACCACGGAGCACCACCAACAUAUUCAUCCUCAACCUUAGCAUCGCCGACCUGUCCUACCUGCUUUUCUGCAUCCCUUUUCAGUCAACUAUUUACAUGAUGCCGACAUGGGUUCUGGGUGCAUUCAUCUGCAAGUUCAUUCAUUAUUUCUUCACCGUUUCCAUGCUGGUCAGUAUUUUCACCUUGUCCGCAAUGUCGGUGGACCGCUACAUUGCCAUUGUUCACUCCAGAAAGUCGUCCUCAAUCCGCGUGUCAAAUCACGCUUUGAUCGGAGUGGUGGUCAUUUGGAUACUCUCUUUGGCCAUGGCAGCGCCAGUCGCGGUUAUACACAACAUAUACCAGAGAGACGAGAAUCACACCUAUUGCUGGGAAGUGUGGCCGGAUCAAAACCAAAAGAAAGUCUAUGUUGUUUGCACGUUUGUUUUUGGUUAUGUAUUGCCCCUGUUGCUGAUUUCGUUCUGUUACGCAAAGGUUUUAAAUCACCUGCACAAAAAACUCAGAAACAUGUCCAAAAAGUCAGAGGUGUCGAAAAAGAAGACUGCCCAGACGGUUCUUGUAGUGGUGGUGGUGUUCUGCCUGUCAUGGCUCCCCCACCAUGUGGUCCACCUGUGGGUGGAGUUCGGCAACUUCCCCUUGACCCAGUGGUCCUUCUUGUUCCGGGUGGCGGCCCACUGCCUGGCCUAUAGCAACUCCUCCGUCAACCCUGUCAUCUAUGCCUUCCUCUCGGAGAACUUCAGAAAGGCCUACAAGCAGGUGUUCAGGUGUCAGAUUACCAACUCCCCUCUCAACGAACUCAAGGAGUUCCGCAGCAAGGUGGACAACACACCACCCUCCACCAACUGCACCAACGUCUGA